GACUUAUGUUGUGUCUAUACUGUUACACGUUUUCCUUCGUCUCUAGAGAAGUGUAGAAAUUGCAAGAACUAAGAAGCACACGGGGCAGCCUAUUUCAUCAAUUUAUUAUAAACCAUAAAAUAGAAGCUUCAAACCGAAGUUUCUCUUCUCUUCCGCUCUGGAACCAUCAAGUAACCCGCACAAGGUGCCAUAAGCUCGAAAUCAAUUUCGCCUUGGAAAGCCCGUUUCUUCCACGCGUCGGUCGUACUCUUCACCAUUCUCAGUUUCCGGUGCCGAUCUAGUCAGGGUUUUCGGAGCUUCCAGAUGGCGACUCCGCCGUUUCACGAUGGCAACAUUCACCACCUGCUCGAAAGCAGGCUCAUCAACUUUCGCUACGAUGUUAAUCGCAGUUUGCAAAUGCAUUCAUCUUUGAUACGGAGGCUCUCACAGGAAAGAGAACUGAAGGAACAUCAGGGUUGUGUAAAUGCUGUGGCAUGGAAUUCAAAAGGAUCACUUUUAAUUUCUGGAUCUGAUGAUUCUCAGGUUAACAUUUGGAGCUACUCUGGUCAAAAGCUCCUCCACUCUAUAGAUACAGGGCACUCAGGAAACAUAUUCUGUACGAAGUUUGUCCCUGAAACUUCUGAUGAGCUUGUAGUCUCUGGAGCUGGAGAUUCACAAGUUCGCUUGUUUAAUUUGUCUCGCUUAAGUGGGAGGGAACGUGAUGAUGGUGCUAUUUCUCCAUCUGCAGUCUAUCAAUGUCAUACGAAAAGAGUCAAAAAGCUUGCGGUCGAAGUUGGAAAUCCCAAUGUGGUCUGGAGUGCUAGUGAAGAUGGGACUUUGAGACAGCAUGACUUUAGGGAGGGCACUUCUUGUCCUCCGGCAGGAUCACCUCACCAUGAAUGUCGUAAUAUUCUACUGGACUUGCGUUGUGGAGGGAAGAGGUCUCUAGCUGAUCCUCCCAAGCAUACUCUUGCCCUAAAAUCUUGCGAUAUCAGUUCUACCAGACCUCACUUACUCCUUGUUGGUGGGAAUGAUGCAUUCGCCCGCUUGUAUGAUAGAAGGAUGCUGCCACCGUUGACCUCAAGUGGGAAAAGGAUGUCACCGCCUCCUUGUGUCAAUUAUUUCUGCCCCAUGCAUCUUUCUGACUCUAAACCUCAAAUGCAACUAACUCAUGUGACAUUUAGUCCAAGUGGAGAAGAGGUUCUUCUUAGCUAUAGUGGAGAGCAUGUAUAUCUAAUGGAUGUAGACUGUGCUAAUGGAAGUGCAAUGAAAUACACAUCAGGAGACACUUUAAAGUUACUGUGCUUCACUCCUGUACUAAACAGAGUAGAAGAUCAACGACCGGUGUCCAGUGUCAUCCAAAAUGGUUUUGAGAGAAGAAGUAUUACUGCUUUGCAGCUUGAAAAAUGCAAGAUGUUGGUUGAGAUUGCGAAAAAGUCCUUGGAGGAAGGGAAGGAUCAUUUCUAUGCAAUUGAGGCAUGCAAUGAAGUUUUGGAGAGAUAUGGUAGCGAUGUUGGGCCUACCCUAAUGCAUGAAUGUUUGUGUACUCGUGCUGCCUUGUUGCUGAAGCGGAAUUGGAAAAAUGAUGCUCAUAUGGCCAUAAGAGAUUGCUACAAUGCUCAAAGAAUAGAUGGUUCUUCUAUUAGAGCUCAUUACUAUAUAUCUGAAGCAUUGGAGCAGUUGGACAAACUUAAAGAAGCUCUAGAAUUUGCUAUGGCAGCACAAUGUUUGGCUCCAUCUGAUAAUAUGGUGGCUGAGAAAGUGGAGAGCAUAAAAAAUAAAAUUGCUGCAGAAGAAGCUGGAAAAAGUAACAACAGACAUGAACCAAGAUUUGAACCUUGGACUAGAAGGGUAUUGUCCUUGAGUGAGAUACUCCAUCACUCAGAGCCUAAUAGUGAUGCUUCCCAAGAUGGACCUAGAUUUGAAAGAGAAGAUUCUGAUUAUGAUGAUGAAGUGGAGUUUAACUUUGAAACUCAAAUCUCUGGUGAUGAAGGGCGUGAUGUUGAAUCCAAUAUAUUGCAUGGGAGUUUAAACCUGAGAAUUCAUCGAGGUUCUAAUGGCUCAUGUGAAUCGCCCUCCACAUCAUCCCAAAAUGAUAAAUCAUCUUAUCAGCCUGAGGCAGUUAUUGAUAUGAAGCGGAGAUUUGUUGGCCAUUGUAAUGUCGGAACUGACAUCAAACAAGCUAGUUUCCUUGGUCAAAGAGGUGAAUAUGUUGCUAGUGGGAGUGAUGAUGGAAGAUGGUUUAUUUGGGAAAAGCAGACUGGUAGAUUGAUAAAAAUGCUUCGUGGAGAUGACGCUGUUGUAAACUGUGUGCAGUGCCAUCCAUUUGAUUGUGUUGUGGCAACCAGUGGAAUUGAUAACACAAUAAAGAUAUGGACUCCUACAGCUUCUAUCCCAUCAAUUGUUGCUGGUGGAUCAGCUGGUCCAGAAACAGCUGAUGUAUUGAAGGCCAUGGAAGAUAAUCAAAAGAGGAUGCAAUUUAAUCGCAGAGCUAUCUUUGCCCAUGAACUACUUGAGCAGAUUCAGAUGCAUGAGGGAUCAUUGCAUCCAUUUGAGUGUGUCCAGAGCUAGGCACUUUCUUAGUUUGGACAAAAGCAUGCAGACAACCAUUCUCUCUUAGUGGAAGAGACCUCACCCUCCGAACUGUUGAUCUUUGUUCAUCCAAAAUAUCAAAAAGAGGCACAACAAAUAUUUGAUUCGAGGUAAGUAAGUAGUAUAUGGUGUAUACCUGCCUCGUUGUCAAAAAUAAGUUAAAAGCUUGAAUAAGACAUCCCAAUUCCCUUAUAUAAAUGUAAAGCCUCUCAAUAAGUCUUCAAAAGAUUAUUUUUCCUUCUUUCCUGAUUUCUUUUAAUUGGGAACUUUUGAUAUGUUUAUAUGUGUAAUAUGCUCCUGUAUGGUUGAGAAUGCGUAUCAUUUCAGUGUAAAUGUUAAUUUCCACCAUACCUGUAUCUCUGUUGUAAAGCUGCCUGAACUCUUGUGCUCAUGUUCUGCUUAUUAUCAUCUGCCUAUGUGUCAAGCGGCAUAUUGCUUGCUUGUGCAGUCCAGAUAUUGGAUUUUGUGUGAUUGUUAAUUCUUUUACAUCUGUGUUUCUAAUUUAUUUGCAAUUGAACAUGAAAUUGACAUGUCCAAAUUGUCUUAGGACAAGCGACAUCGGAGAAUAUUAGAAAACGGGAAUGAAAGGAGGGCAAGGCAAGGCAUGUGGAAGAAUGGAAGGAAGUAAAGGAAACUUAGGGCACAUGACGGACUGACGAUAUGUCAGUGAGUUCAUUGGGGACCAGUGAGCUGUUGAGCAGACCAGACUCUUUUUUAACUUACCUUUGAUUCCCUUUCUAAGAGAUUUUUAGUAUAGAGUUGGAGUACACGCACGUUGUCUCCAAUCCAAGACUAGCCUUUCCUCUUUCGCUUUUUUUCUUUUUUUUCUUUUUUUUCUCUGCAGAAACUGGAAAGUGGAUGCUGAAGGUUUGGCUUUCCUUUGAUCAUCAUUCAUGUCUGUCUGCUAAUCACCAGUUUAAACCACGUAAGAUCGAAAUUGUAAAUAUUUGGAGAAAGGUAAAGGUAUUUGUUGAUUUCAUCUAGGAGACUAAAAUUUGCUCAAAAAUGAUUUAGCCAACUUGAAAAUUUUGAUUCAAAAUUUCCUAUAUGCAUCUUAAGCUCAAGGCUUAAUUAAACCUUUGUUUUUUUUUUUCCCUUGUACCAAAAGGGAGAAAAAAAAAGUUUUAUUAAUUGCUUAGGAAUAUUUUUAUGGAACAAGUGGAAUUUAAGUCCAAACUAACAAUUCCUUUAUACGGAAUAAACAGUUGUGAUUUUGCAGAUAAAAAUGGGUGUGGAUGGUGACCAAUGCACAGGCUUGUUCCAUACACCUUUGCUAAUGCUUUCUAUAUCGGUAUACCCCACAAUUGAUGGUAACCAAUGGCCCAUAUCGUCUACCCAUAAAUAUUAAUCACUAACUAUAUACAUAUAUAUAUAUAUAUAUAUAUAUACAUAUCUCCUUUCUCUUACGUUAGAUUUUGAUUCUUGAAAUUGAAUUAGCUGUACCCAUUUGCCAUUUUUUUAAACUACUACCAUUCCUAUCGAAUCCAUUGAUGUC